UGAAAGGUUUUGUGUUAAAAUCGGAUUCGGACGUAAUGCUGUGUGUAAUAACUUUAGCAUAGAGUCGUAUGUAGGUAUAUGCUAUGAUUUCAGAGUGUGGGACGACGCGAAAACUCUUUCGCGGAACCCUACCCUACGUUAGUCGCGCUUUAGUCCUCAGUAACCAAACAUGAGACUCCCCCUAAAACCUUUUCAGCUGCACCAUUCCGGCGUCACUACUCUCCGUCGUCUCUCCCUCGUUGCCCACUCCUCGCCGCCGCUACCAGACCCCUCGUCGCCCAUCUCCAAGACACUAUCACUCCUCCAAUCCAGUGAUCCCAGUACCUGGCCCUCGAACCCCAGCCUCCGCAGUCUUCUCUCCUCUCUCACCCCACCAGCCGUCCUCAAAGUUACCCGCCAAUUGCCCAAUUACCAGGAUGCCCUCCACUUCUUUAACCACCUCAAGGCAAGCUCCGACCUGUCCGAUUCCAUCCCACUCGCUUUCCAGGCGGUUCUCGAGCACGCCAUGCGCGAAAACCCAGGCUCCCCCGGUAAGCUGUACGAGCUUUUCCAGCUGUCGAAAGACCAAAGUACUCCUCUUUCUGUCAAUGCGGCGACGCUCCUCAUUAAGUGCUUCGCCCAGGCCCAAAUGCUGGAUGAGAUGAUCUUGGUGUUCGAUGCAAUUGACGAGGAACUGAUACAUACGGACGUGGUAAAUUUAGUAAUUGCAGGGUUACUGAAGUGGGGUCGUUUAGAUGAUGCCCUAAAGCUGCUCGACGAAAUGUUUGAGAGGGAUUCUUGUUAUCCUCCCAACAGCAAUACCGUAGGUAUUCUCUUUUCCUCCAUUUUGAACAGAAAUUGGAGUGGCAGGAGUGUGACAGAUGAGGAAAUUCAUAAUCUUGUUUCAAGGUUUGGUGAACAUGGUGUUUCUCCCGAACCGUAUUGGUUAACACAAAUUAUUAUGAGGUUUUGUAGGAAGGGGGAGUGUGACAAGGCUUGGACUCUUUUGCACGAGGGGAUGAAUUUGGGGUCUGAUGUGGAGGUCGCAUCUUGCAAUGCGCUAUUGACGGGGUUAGGGCAGCAUCGUGAUUUUGCAAGAAUAAAUUUGCUUAUGAAGGAGAUGAAGGAAAAGGGGAUUAAACCAGAUGUUGUGACUUAUGGAAUUAUGAUCAAGAAUUUGUGUAACUUUCGAAGGUUGGAUGAGGCACUGGAGGUGCUUGAGAAGAUGAGAGAUGGAGAACUUGGCGUUGAGCCAGAUGUUUUUAUUUAUAACACAUUAAUUGAUGGACUAUGUAAAGUGGGGAGGCAAGAAGAGGGUCUGAAGUUAAUAGAGAGGAUGAGGUUUGACAGCAAGUGCGAGCCAAAUACUAUUACCUAUAAUUGCUUGAUCGAUGGAUUCUGUAAAGCUGGGGAGAUUGAGAAAGGGCGUGAGCUUUUUGAGCAGAUGAGCAAUGAAGGUGUGAAGUCGAAUGUCAUUACAUUAAAUGUUUUGCUGAAUGGAAUGUGUAAGCAUGGGAGAGUUAGUAGUGCAAUGGAGUUUUUUGGUUCUAUGCGAGGAAAGGGCGUCAAAGGGAAUGGAGUUACUUACACCAUCUUGAUAUCAGCUUUCUGUAAUGCAAACAAUAUUGACAAGGCAAUGAAGUUGUUCGAUGAAAUGCAGAAAAAUGGUUGCUCUCGAGAUGCUGUUGUGUACUACAGCUUGAUUUCAGGCCUUAACCAGGCUGGAAGAAUGGAUGACGCCACCUUUAUUGUGUCAAAGAUGAAAGAAGCUGGGUUUGGCUUAGAUAUCGUCUGUUACAAUAUGUUGAUUAGUGGAUUUUGCAGGAAGAACAAAUUGGAUAAAGCUUAUGAGAUGCUUAAAGAUAUGGAAAAGGCUGGAAUGAAGCCUGAUCGUGUUACGUACAAUACUUUGCUUUCAUAUUUCUGCAGAAGUGGGAAUUUCACACAGGCCCACAGAGUGAUGAAGAAGAUGAUUGAUGAUGGUUUAACACCUACUGUUGUUACUUAUGGAGCAUUAAUUCAAGCAUACUGCUCAAAUGAUAAUAUUAAUGCGGCUAUGAAAAUAUUUAGAGACAUGAAUUCAUCUUCGAGGGUCCGACCAAAUACUGUAAUAUAUAACAUGUUGAUUGACUCUCUUUGCAAGAAUGAUGAAGUAGAAGUAGCUCUAUCCCUGAUGGAUGAUAUGAAGGACAAGGGGGUGAGGCCAAAUACUACCACAUAUAAUGCUCUGUUUAAAGGCCUUCAGCAGAGGAAUUGGUUUGAGAAAGUGCUGGAAUUUAUGGACCAAAUGACUGAACAAGCAUGUAAUCCUGACUACGUUACAAUGGAAAUCCUCACCGAAUGGCUUUCUGCAGUUGGCGAGACAGAAAAAUUACGGAAGUUUGUCCAAGGCUACCAGGUUUCUGCUUCAAUUGCAUAGGGCGGUGGUUGCUUGCAGUUAUUAGAAUUCUGUCCCUUAUCCAUUGGUCAUGUGUUGUUUUGUGACACAUGGCUACUUCUCUGCUAUGUUGCAUCUCAGACAUUGGAUAGCUUCAGAUUCUUGUUUGCAUCGAAAUGCAGCAGUAACUGAGACCGAUAUAUGAAUCCAUCAAAUAUUUAAAGGGCCAUCUUAUUGUACAUUAAUGGAAGAUCUUUUGUGCUAAUCAAGAAUCUCCUCCUUUUCACUACCAAUCAUUGUUGUUGAGUAACAUUAAGCCGGAUUAGUGUGAAGCUUGGGAUAUCGAUCUCAGUAACAUUGUCGCUACAAUCUACAAGGUAACUUACUUUGUCAAAA